UUUAUCACUCAAAUAAUAGGUUAGUUACUACACAUACCAGAAAAGUUGGAAAAUUGUAUUUGCCCCAAGCAAGAGUAUCAAAACGAAAGGAAAUGCAGUGCGUCAACUUGAGAAAAAGGACAACCAAAUAAGCGAGAGAGAAAAAGUGGUAAAGUGAGGGAGAGGUUGUCUUAAUGCAGCUGCAACUUAUCGCACACAAAAUGCAAUCAACGCAUUACGAACACUUUCACUCUUGAUAGCAAUGCACAGUGUAACUAUGCAUAUUUCCAAAACAAAUUAUAUAUUACUGGCAUUUUAAGCAAAAUGGAUACAUGCAAGUAUUUUUCACAGUUUGGUGUGCAAUUUGUGUUGAUUUAAUACGCAGAUUCUUAAAACGACAUUUUAAAUGGCUCUCAAAUACUUUCCAACAUUCGAUUUGUUUGCUUCCCAAUCACGUAACACUUACGUGUUCCAUGGACUUCAUAAGCACACAAUCUUCGGAUCGAAUGAUAUCAUCGCUGCUUGAUCACGACCCACUGUGCGGCACGACUUUUGACGGGCACUGUGUGUGCCGUCUGUAUGUUCGGGUAUUCAAAACUCUUUGGCAUGUGCAUUAAAAUGACAAAGAAGUUAAAAACGAUAUAAAUAAAGAAAGCGUUUUUAGCGCUAAGUGCCCGAGUAGCCUGCACUCAAAAUGCACUUGAGGGCCCCGAACAAUGUUGAUAAAAGCCAAGCUGCAGCAACAUCCCCAAGAAUUAUAAAUUCGGAAAAGACAACAAUAAGUGUUGUUUUUUGUGUGAAUGGGAACACACGAGUAAAAGCAGAAAAAAAAAAACGUCGGGAAAGGAAAAACAGCAGCAGCAGCAGCCGAAAGACCUAAUAAACGCAGCCCAAUGAAUUAUGUGCCUGCCCAUCAGCUUUUGAAAACAGCAACAUGCAAUGCAACAAAGGCGGCACACACUUGCGCCCAAGAUAAUAGCAUCCCCGGAGUCAUAAAUCGAGGAAUACUAAAGGUGUAAAAUCGGGUAUAACUGCAGUUUAAUGCCACGAUGGAAACUAUGGGAACACUGAAUGCAGCUUACUCAUAAAUCUGCUAAAUAUAGCGCACUAAUGUAUUCAUCGAAAUGCUUAAAUUUCUACCGUCAUUGUUUAUCAAGUAUGCAAGCUCGAUAAACCAUAAAAACACAUUGCAUAUCUCCUUCACAUCGGGGCACUCAAAAUGCGGGGCUUUGCGGCAAUUAACACUGACACUCCCACGCAGAAGCAGAAACAGAAACAAAAACACUGAAAGAAUGGGAAAGAAACACAGAAACCAGAGACGAAAACGAAAGGCAAACAAAUUCAACGCUUUGUAUGUGGGUGUGGCAACUCUGUCUUGCUGCCUGACAUAAGCAAAUGGCAACAAUGUGCCGCCACUCACAUGCGAUGGGCAAUCAUCCUGAAUCCGGAUCCUUAAUGCUCUGAACCAUAAUAAUCUUGAUUGUAUCGAAUAAAUAAAAGAAAGGGAGAGAAAGCAAACAAAGGACACAGCCAGAGAGAGCGAGAUCGAGAUCGAGACAGAGCGAGUGCGAGAGCGAGAUGGAUGUGGAGGAGAACUACGAGAACGCCGCCGAGAUGCAGAACAUGAAUAUGAAUCUGAAUCUAAAUCCGAAUCCGAAUCCAAAUUCGGAUAGCCAGCAGCAGCAGCAACAACAGAUGCAAUGUGAACCGUUAUUCGGACUCACAACCAAUACAACAACAACCACAAAUCCCAUGAUGGCCAUACCCCUGCCCGCGCCCCCCGGAAUGCUACCACACUCCGCUCCAAACAUCAGUCCGAAUUCGAAUCUAAAUCCGAAUUCGAAUCUGAAUCCCAGUCCAUCCGCACCAUCCACCAACGCAUCCGCAUCCACGAUCAAGUGUCUGCCGACGAAUGACUUCGAUAUCGACUCCCUGCUGCUGCAACAGUUCAGCUGCAUGGGCACCACGGAUCACGAGGACCUCAUCAGCCAGUUCCAGAGCCUAAUGAACAACCAGAUGAACCGGGAAUCGGCAAGGUUUUACCUCGAGAUGAGUAACUGGAGCCUGCAGAUGGCGGUCGGCUGCUAUCUGGACUUCUGCAGUUUACAGUCGCUGCCUUCGAUGAAGAUCGUCCAGGGAAAGCACCUGAAUACUCAGCAGCAGGCGUUUCAGCUGCAGAACGAUGGCACCGAGCGCUGGCCGAACAAUUGCUAUCUGACCUCGCCCAUCCAGACGCAGCGCAUCAAUGUGCCCGCCCUGCGUCCGGGCGAAACUUGUGAUAUCCUGGCGGAUCUGAUGCCCACGCAGCCGCCGAUCAUGUGGCGGUUGUGCACUCCAAAUGGCUGGUACUUUGGCGAUGCCAUAUGGAUGAUACCGCCGGGCACGCAGGCCAGCCAGGACGAGCUGCAGCAGCGGAUGGUGCAGCUGAUCACGUCGGAGGCCAAGCCGGAUGUCUAUCCGCAAAUCAACAUCGUGAUAACCGCGCACACCCAAUGAGCGCGGCGUCCAGCAUCUAGCAUUCGGCAUCCUCCUCCGUUUUCGAGCUGGGUCCUUGUCUUGGUCCCAAAACUCAUCGAUAGCAUUUCAUGAACCUGCGCGAAUGAUGUAACGUUUACGAUAUGACUAGACUUUUCUUUUCCCCUUCUUUUUUCAAAUAGGCAUAAAGUUGUUCUCAGUAGUAGUUGAUUUGUAUACAGGAAACGAACUUUUAUACACAUGAGUAUGUAGUAGCCAACGCCAUUCACAUGUACAAUACAAUAUAUAAUUCAUAUAUAUAUACAUAUACAUACAUAUACUACACAGCCCCAUGUUUAACUAGAGUUUGAGUUCGAUUGCAGGACCCUUCGUUGCUCCUCCCACUUUUCCCCCCUCCUUAAUUUUGGUGUCAGCAGGAUCAGCUUUAUAUAUAUAUAUCAAUAUAUCGAGAAGGGAGCGAAGGGUGCGCGGCAAUAGUUCUCUAGAGAGAGCGCAAUAAAUUGAAAGUGAAAGUGAAAGUGAGAAUCAGAAUCAGAAUUAGAAUCAGAAUUAGAAUCAGAAUCAGAAUCGUGUGGCCACAUUAUGUUCUGUUAGUUUUUAGGCGGUAAAGUUGUGUGUGCGUGCGAUUGUUUAAAGCAUAAUUAAAUAAUUAAUUUUUUUUCAAUAAUUUAAAGUCCUAUUUUUUGAGUAAUCGAGAAGCAUGAAAGCUGAGAAAUAUGUAACAAAAUUAGAUCUAAGUGUUUUAUUGAGCAAAAACAAGAAUGAAGCGAGAGGAUUAAGAA